AUGAUGCCACAUGCAUGUUGUGCAGUACAAAACGAGGAAAACGAAACAAUUUUUCGUUUGUGUUCAUUGGACACAUCAAUUCCAGAUUUGAUUUUUCGGUUUGAAUUUUUGUUAUAUUUUAAUUUUAAAUAUUUAAGCUCUCGGAGACGAAAUCAAAUUCGUUCCAUUUGUUUUUCAUCUGAUUUUAAUGCAGCUAUUGUUCAACAGGAUGAUGCAAUAUUGGAUUUUUUAAUUUUGACCAAUGGCAAUGUCUCUGCCGAAUUUCAACAACCUCCCAAAUUCUUUAAAGAUGCCUCAUUUAUUAUUGGCUUUAAUUGGUUAGCAGAUAGGCAAUUAGCAAUAAUAACAGAUGCUGGUGUUGAAUUUUGUUCAUUAAAUGUACAUCGAAAGUCUUUGAAAUUACUCAAAAGUUUUGCCCAUUCUACUAGCUGGUUUAUUUGUUUUCCUGAUUCUAAACUAUUUUUGUUCGCUUGUGGUGUUGCCACCAAUUUUUUACAUUUAAUUAGUUUCCAAAAUAAUACAAUUUCAAAUAUUGGAUCAAUUAAUGUUGAUUUUGGGUAUUCGGCGUUUAAACCAAGACUUUUGGAGAGAGAUGUUUGUAUUUCAUCCAUGUAUUUUUUAAAUUUCUCUUUAAAAUAUCCUUUUUAA